ACUGACCUAAUUAUUAUGAAAGACUCACAUCUGAGAAGAAUUCUCACAAUUUUUGGAAAUCUUCGUAAAAUCUUAGAAUUUCCGUGGAGGGAAAUUUCUCUUUACUACCGUAUUACUCGAGACGUCAAAAUGUAAAUAAAUUGUAGUUUCCACCGUUGUGGUUAUCGGCACUUCCUUUCCACUGAAUUUUUAGAAACUGCUCGGUAUUUAUAGUAUGCAUAUACAGCGAGAUUGUGUAAAAGAAUGAAUCAUUUCUUCAAAAAAAGAGAUUGAGGUAGCAUAUUACACACAACUCCCGUAUUUUGUAAAAAACCUAAACGAUCGACGAAUAAAUAAAUAGCAGGAACGUUUAAGCCGUGCACGUUGUUGUGAUAACUCAGUUGAGAGUUGCCAUUGAAACAGUUCCAAUGGGUUCUUCAUUUGCGCAAAAUUUGUUUUGGUGUGUUAUCGCCGUUUUGGUCAUGGGCCAAUUAUCAGAAGCACAUUGGGGCAUCGACGAUGACGGUUGUAUCACACCAAACGGAAACCCUGGAAUCUGCACAAAGAUUUACAGCUGCUACAAUAUUAUUGAAUACAUGAAAACAAUCACCAAAAUAACACCCGAAAUUUCCGAUGCCCUAUUUAAAUAUUAUUGCGGAGUUGAGGGAAAUGCAGUUAAAGUGUGCUGUGCGGAUGAGCCAAUCGUAUUUCCCAGAUCUAUCGUAGAUGAAAAUUCCGAAACGUCGAAGUUGGAAAGAGACUACAAACUAAGUUUGCUGCCAUCGAAUUGUGGUUUUUUAAAUACUCAAAAUUACAUUGUCGGCGGUUCCAAGACCUCAAUAUUUGAUUAUCCGUGGAUGGCCCUGCUGGGUUACAAAGAAGGUGAUGAUGUUAAAUUUAGAUGUGGCGGAACGAUCAUUAAUGAAAACUACAUUCUCACAGCAGCCCACUGCUUCCAGGAGAAACCUGUUGUAGUGCGCUUGGGCGAACAUAAUAUUGACACCCCCAUCGACUGCGAAACGAUGUCCAUGGAUAAGGCUUACAAAGUUUGUGCACCUCCCGUACAGGAUAUUGCGAUAGCGGAGUUGAUUCCGCAUCCCCAAUUUAGUUCAUCGCUGAAAUCUAACGACAUUGCUCUAAUUCGAUUGGCGCAACCUGUAAAUACGAGCGUGGAAACGGCCAAACCAAUCUGUCUACCGGUCACUAAUGAAUCGAGGAACCGUAACUACGUCAAUGAUAAUUUUAUAGUGACCGGUUGGGGCCUUACCGAACGAAAGCAACCCAGUCCGGAAAAAUUAAAAGUCGACUUACCCGUUUUGAGUAUUAGCAACUGUACCUCAACGUAUAAGUUACUGUCGGUAAAUAUCGAUGCAAAUCAGCAAUUUUGCGUGGGGGGUCAAAUUAAAAAGGACUCCUGCAAUGGUGACAGCGGUGGACCUCUCCAAAACGUCGUGAGCUACCAAAACGAUAUCAGAUUCACGCAAUAUGGCAUUGUAUCGUAUGGACCAAGAUCUUGUGGUCAAGGUCUGCCUUCGGUUUAUACAAGAGUUGAUUACUACACAGACUGGAUUUUGUCAGUUAUUCGCCCUUGAACGCCUCAAUGAACCAAAAAAGAUUACUUUUAAGUUUAAUUUAUUUCUAUUGUAAAUAAUUUAAUUAAAAUAUAAACAAUUUGCUUUAUUAGUG